GUAUCCCAGCCUGCGCUAUGAAUUAUAUUGGAUACACCAUGGAUACGGGAAUACUGGUAUUCAAGCGAAGAGGACAUCGCAAAUUGGGGUAAACAAGCCUUUGUGAGUAUGACACUCGUGUCAAAAUCACGGUUCUGCAACCCAAGCUCUGCUGCUAAGCAUACAGCUACAAUUGGUCCAAUCUGGCGGGUUAAGUACCCUAGUCGGUUUGAAAGGGAUACGCUUUGCUGCGAUAUCCUCUUGUCUUCACUUGAUAUGACGCAGGAUGUUUGCUGCAUUCGGUUAAUUAACGUACAUCUGGACUCUCUUCCCGUGUUCCCCUCCUUGCGUCCUCGAUAACUCUCCAUAACCACUUCUUAUAUAUGUGCU